GGCGGGACCUGGACGCCGGGGCCGGGCGUGCCCCGGGGCGCCGGGCGAGUGAAAUCGUGUCGGGGGCUCGGGGCGUACCGGCAUAAGAACAGGGCGUGCGCACCGGGCUCACCGAGCGCCGGUCUGCGCACAGCCAUCCCGGCGCCGCUGUACGCACGCGCCCCGCAGCCCCUGGCUGACGCCGGCCUUUGCACCGCCUCCGCCGCAGGAAGCCACCGCGCACCGCCGGCACCAUGCCCCGCAUUGAUGCGGACCUUAAACUCGACUUCAAGGAUGUUCUGCUGCGACCUAAGCGGAGCAGCCUCAAGAGCCGAGCCGAGGUGGAUCUUGAGCGAACCUUUACGUUUCGAAACUCAAAGCAGACCUACUCAGGGAUUCCCAUCAUUGUGGCCAACAUGGACACGGUGGGGACAUUUGAGAUGGCUGUGGUGAUGUCACAGCAUGCCAUGUUUACAGCCGUUCACAAGCAUUACUCCCUGGAUGACUGGAAACGGUUCGCGGAAAACCACCCCGAGUGCCUGCAGAAUGUAGCCGUGAGUUCCGGCAGUGGGCAGAAUGAUCUUGAGAAGAUGAGCCGCAUCUUGGAAGCUGUGCCCCAGGUGAAGUUCAUCUGCCUGGAUGUGGCCAAUGGGUAUUCAGAACAUUUUGUGGAAUUCGUGAAACUGGUCCGAUCCAAAUUUCCUGAACACACCAUCAUGGCAGGGAACGUGGUGACGGGAGAGAUGGUGGAAGAGCUCAUUCUUUCUGGAGCAGAUAUCAUCAAAGUGGGAGUUGGACCAGGUUCCGUGUGCACCACCCGGACCAAGACAGGAGUGGGCUAUCCUCAGCUGAGCGCCGUCAUAGAGUGUGCUGACUCUGCCCAUGGCCUCAAGGGACACAUCAUCUCUGAUGGAGGCUGCACAUGUCCAGGAGAUGUCGCCAAAGCCUUUGGAGCCGGCGCAGACUUUGUCAUGCUGGGAGGCAUGUUUUCAGGCCACACGGAGUGUGCAGGAGAGGUGAUCGAGAGGAACGGGCAGAAGCUGAAGCUCUUCUAUGGCAUGAGCUCAGACACAGCCAUGAAGAAGCACGCGGGAGGCGUCGCUGAGUACAGGGCCUCUGAGGGCAAGACUGUGGAGGUGCCUUACAAAGGGGACGUCGAGAACACAAUUCUGGACAUCCUCGGAGGACUGCGGUCUACCUGUACCUAUGUCGGGGCUGCCAAGCUCAAAGAGCUCAGCAGGAGGGCCACGUUCAUCCGGGUGACCCAACAGCACAACACGGUGUUCGGUUAGCCUCCAGGAGGCCACCUCUCGCCAUGCUUCUCCCACCCCUUCUUGUCUGUCCUAGCAGGCUGGCUGCCACCACAGAUGCCGACACUGAGCCGUCGUCCUGAGCAUGCACAUAAAGGCCUUGGGGCUUGCCCUAGUGCCUGUGUGGAUCCAAGACGCUGGGUGCACGUGGGGCCCUGGGCCAGCUCCUAGAACUCAUUGCCUCCUUGUUUCAACCAACCCCUGCAGCCUGUCCUUCCGCCUCUGUUUCCUUCCUCAAGGACAGUGGUUUCACUUUUAAUAUAAUGCUGUGAUCUUGA